AAGAUAACAGUCACUAUAUCUACAUCUCCAAUUUUUCACGACUUAUUCGAACACAAAAAACCAAACAUGAUGGACAAUCAAUUUUUUGCAAACGGUGCUUUACAUCAUUCGAUAAUCAGCAAAACAAAUUUAAAUUAAACGGAGUAGCUGGAUUAGAGCAGCAUAAAUUAAUAUGUGGGGAACACAAACCUAUAUUACCUAAGAUGCCUGAACCAGGAUCAAUACUCGAGUUUACUGAAUGGAAUAAAACGCAACGUCAUCCUAUAGUGAUUUAUGCGGAUUUCGAAGCAAUUCUCAAGAAAAGCGAUGAGAAAAUUGGAAAUAAAACAACAGCUUUUCAAGAACACGAAGCCAUGAGUUAUGGAUUUAUUGUCAAGGCAAAUGAAGACAUACCCGUUGAACUGCUUGAGAAAUUCAGAAUUCCAAUUUCACCUAUAAUUUAUCGUGGAAAUGAAAAUAAUAAGGACGUGGCGGAACAUUUUAUAAACAGUAUUGUCGAAAUUGCAAAAAAAAUUGAAAAAUUGCUAAAAACAAACACCCCCAUAAUUUACACAACCGAACAGCGGAAAACACAUGAAUCAUGUACUACAUGUAAUUUAUGUAAAACCAAGUUUUCUCAAGAAAAUCAUAAAGUUGCUGAUCAUUGCCAUUUAUCAGGAAAAUUUAGACAGUCAUUAUGUAAUACGUGUAAUCUUAAACUUCGAACACCCAACUUCGUACCGGUAUUUUUCCAUAAUUUAUCAAAUUAUGACGCACAUUUUAUUGUCACCAGUCUUGGCUAUGAUACAAAUUCUAUUUCGGUAAUACCAAACAGUGAAGAAAAGUUUAUUUCGUUUUCAAAAUACAUUAGCAACUCCUUCACUAUAAGAUUUAUCGAUACACUAAGAUUUAUGGCCUCCAGUUUAUCAACACUUUCAAAAAAUUUAAUUACGCCCAGAUUUGAAAAAUUUAGAAAUAGUGCCAAACAUUUUUCUACACAGGAUUUACCACUAGUCACCCGUAAAGGGGUAUACCCGUAUGAUUAUACAGAUGACUGGGAUAAACUUGAAGAAACCAGUUUACCGGCAAAAGUAGAUUUUUACAGUUUAUUGGAAGAAUCACAUAUAAAAAAUGAAGAUUAUGAACAUGCAAAGAUAGUUUGGAACCAUUUCGACUGUCAAACACUAGGGGAAUACUCUGACCUUUAUUUAAAAAUCGAUGUGCUAUUGUUGACUGAUGUGUUUGAAAAUUUUCGAGACCUCUGUAUAACCACUUACCACCUUGACCCAUCAUUUUACUAUACAGCACCUGGAUUUAGUUUUGACUGUAUGUUGAAAUACACUGGCCAACAACUGGAAUUAAUUCAUGAUUAUGACAUUUUGAUCAUGUUUGAGAAAGGAAUUCGGGGUGGAUUGACUCAGGCAAGCAUGAGGUAUGCAAAGGCUAAUAAUGAAAAGACACCAGAUUAUGACUCGACAAAACCGAAAUCAUGGCUUGUUUAUCAGGAUUGUAACAAUUUGUAUGGUUACGCGAUGUCACAAUUCAUGCCACACGGAGGCUUUAAGUGGGUUGAACCAGCAAUAAGGGGCUUAAAUAAUUUACACGAUAAAUCACCAAUCGGACGGAUAUACGAGGUUGAUAUAUCAUAUCCAAGUGUACUUCAUGACAAACAUAAUGAAUUGCCAUUCCUUUCGAAAAAUAGUAUUCCACCUGGCUCAAAAGUUAAAAAACUUAUGGCGACUUUAGAAUCAAAGAAAAACUAUGUAAUUCAUUACCGGAACCUAUAG